AUGAGCUUUGCCAAUACAUUUCAAACAUCCAAAGAGGGACGCGAUGAUGAUGGGUCCACGAUCCAUGCAUUCCCUCUACUCCCUCAGGGCUUCAAAAGUGACCCAAUGCAACGGGAACAGAUGGAUAUAAAUUUUCUCGAAGACGUCAACUCCUUGUCGUGCCAGCCUUUGAGUCUGCUCCCGGUCGCCUGGGGCGCUGUCUUGGCUUGUUAUACGGAAAGCGAAGAAGUCCAUUUCGGUGUUGCUUACCGUGGCCGGCAGACCGACAAGGGUACUCAAUUCAUUAGUCCAUUCCGAUUGAGGGUCUCUAACACAGAGACCCUUCUCAAUACAAUGGCAGUGGCAACGCAGUAUGAUGAGAGAAUGCGGAGAUUUCAGAAGAUGGGACUGGAAGGCUACGCUGCUCUAAACCCUGGCAACAUCGUCCUGUCCAAUUUCAACAAUUUACUAGUCAUCGCCGGCGAAACUCACGACGUGAGCGCCGAGGUUGUCGAAGAAAAGUAUCCGCUUACUUUGUACGCGCGCGGAGCGAAUCUCCGGGCCUGCUUUGAUCCUCGCGUUCUUUCCGCGAAUGCUCUUCGUCCGAUGCUCAACCACUUCGCUGAUUUUGUUCAAGCCGCGAUUGAAAGACCAGAUAGGACUAUUCUAGACGCCCAGAGAGUUGGCAAAAAAGGCUUCGCUUUGCUGCAAGAGUGGCAUGCUUCUCGGGAGAAGGGAUUGCGAGACGACUAUGGCGUACGUGCCCACGAACUAAUCAACGAUCAAAUCUUAAGCGAUCCUUCUGCACCUGCGGUAUCUGCCUGGGAUGGGGAGCUCACUCGGGGUGAGCUCGAUCACUGGGCAUCCUAUCUCGGGCAUCAUCUUGUCUCCGAAGGUUGCAACGUGCAACCUGGCCAGUUCGUGGGCCUUCUGUUGUCAAAAUCGGUCGCGACUGUGCCCGCUAUGCUAAGUGUGAUAAGAUCCGGAGCGGGAUUUGUUUUCCUGUCACCGUCGCUUCCUAUUGAGAGGAUACGCACCAUGUGCCGAAUCGCAGGUGUAGUCCAUAUCCUCACGAAUAGUCGUCACAAGGAAAUGGCUGCUAAGCUGGAUAUUCCUGUCACGGAAGUUGAUAACAGACCAAGCUCAGCGGUGAAGGUGGAACGUUUUGAUAGACCUAUGCGGUUCGGCCCUCUCUACCUGGCGUUUACAUCUGGCUCCACGGGCGAGCCCAAAGGAGUUCAAAUCAAUCGGGAAUCAUUUGGACCCGGAAUUGCCCGGUUUUGUGAAGAGACAAAGCUUGAUAAAAGUUCUCGACUCUUCCAGUCAGUCUCAUAUGCAUUUGUUGUAAGCAUUCUCGAGACCUUAACAGGACUGGCUGUCGGUGCUUGCAUUUGCAUUCCGUCCGAGGAGGACCUCGAAAACGACUUUGAAGGCGAACUUAACAAGUUCAAAGCAACUUGGGCUUGGAAUACCCCAACUAUGACGCGAACCCUGCGCGCAGACCAGCUCCCCUUUUUGAAGACCCUAGUCUUGGCUGGCGAACCUAUCACCAGCGCCGACGCCGCGCAAUGGAAAGGAUUGUCAGCUCCGUACAGCCUUUAUGCUCAGUCCGAAACAGCCUCCACUUUCUAUAUCCGCCGAUUGAAUGAGCCUACCUAUGAGUCGGGUAACCUUGGCAACCCCACCACGGGAAGGUACUGGGUGGUCGAAAAGUCUGACCACACUCGGCUCAGUACCAUCGGAACUGAUGGCGAGUUGCUGAUCGAAAGCACUGCCUUGGGAAGCUUUUACAUCAAUAAUCCUGAGAUGACGGCCGCGACGUUCGUGGAGGAGCCUGUCUGGGCUCCGCAACAGGAUUAUGCCCCACAGUUGAAGCGACAGUGGAUUCUUACGGGAGACAUGGUUCGCCAUAACUGCAAAGAUGGGUCUCUCCAGAUAGUCGGUCGCAAAGGAACCAGAACCAAGAUCAGAGGGCAGCGGAUUGAACUCGGCGAAAUUGAGAGUUGCCUCCGGCCGUACUUCCCGUCUCAGCAGGUCGUCGCGGAAGUCGUUACACCUGCUGCUGCUUCGGUCGAAGUCGGGCAGUCUCCUGCAAUUCUGCUUGCCUUCACUUGUUCUAAUAUGAACAAGUCGCCUUCAGGCUCUCCGGUUGGAAUCCUUUUGAGAGAAGAACAUCGCGUAGAGGCUCGCAAAGCUUUGUCCGGGCUCCAACAGGCGCUACCUUCGUAUAUGAUCCCUGCUGAUAUCCUGGAACUGGAUCAUCUCCCUCGCACGGUUAGUGGAAAGGUCCAUCGCAAGGCACUGCGUGACUGGGCCGCCCAGCGACCAUUAGACCAGCUUGUCGGCGUCGACGAAGUGCGUGUUGCGUUCCGGGCAGCCGAAACGUUCGAAGAGCAGGCCCUACAGUCGAUCUGUGUGAAGGUUCUCGGCUUACCAUCUGAAAAGAUCAGCCUUGAUGACAAUUUCUUCCGCAUCGGAGGUGAUUCUCUCACGGCCCGACAAGUUGUUUCGGCAGCCCGCUCCCAGGGAUUGACGUUAACUGUGUCUAACGUGUUCAAUGAGCCAACCCUUGCGGUAUUGGCGAAAGUGAUUCGCAAAUCCGAUGCGGCAGUCAACGAUGCAGGCGUAAAGGAAAGUCCAUUUGCGAGACUCAAGACCGAGUUCCUGCAGCAGGGUCUGCCGGCUGGGCUAAAUGCUCACCAAGUGCAGGCGGUGCUGCCCCUCACAUUUAUGCAGGCACAAACUACAAGAGCAGCAACUAUUGACUACUUUCCAAUGGAAUUCGAGGGUGCUGUGGAUGUAGACAGACUUCGAGUUGCUUGUCAGCAAAUCCUCGAUGUGAACCCAGCCCUGAGGUCGAUCUUCCUGCCAUUCAAACAAGAAACAGUUCAAAUAAUCCUGCGUCAGGCUGCGAUUUCCUGGACAGAGGUUACUGCCCCCGCCGACUCUGAUCUGAAUGACUGGACCCAUUCUUGGAUUAUGCAGGAUCGGGAACAUUCACCACCGAUGAGUCAAAUCACAGCCGGAUGUACCCUAAUCCGCCACUACUCGGGAAGAACCAAUUUUGUUAUGCGUUUGGCGCACUCUCAAUACGACGGUGUCUGCUUGGGUCCCAUCUUCAAGCAGCUUGAGACCUUUUACUCUGACUCCGGAGCCGCCUUGAAAUACCACCCUAAGGAAGAUUUCAUCAGCUACCGAAAGACUUGCGCGAGGAUGCGCACACCACAGGCCCUGGAACAUUGGAAAAAUCUUCUGACAGACAUUGAGAUCACCGAACUCCCGCGACUGGGGUACCCCAGUGAGCUGACUUACGCCGUUCAUCACGAGGAGUGCAAGCCCGCAGAGCCACCAGCUGGGAUCACGCAGGCGACAGCCAUCAAGGCGGCCUGGGCAUAUACCCUGGCACAGGAGACUGGAAAGCCUGAGGUGCUAUUCGGGCAGAUUACAAACUGUCGUGGCGUUCAACCGGAUGCAGGGGAUGAGGUAAUUGGAAUGUGUCUAAACACCACGCCCGUGCGAGUCAAGGUGGAGCCUACCACUCGAGUUCGUGAUUUCCUUGGCAUGGUACAGCAGCAGCAUAUCGAAGCACUUGAGUAUGAAACCACUGAAUGGCCUGACAUGGUUGCUACUGGUACCUCGUGGCCGGCUGGCACCGAGCUCGACUCUCUCGUUUUGCAUGAGAACUUCGCCAACCUGAAAGAGUUCUCGUUAGGGGAUGUCACAUCAAGACUUGGAGAGCCCAUUUUCAAGCCCGUGGGAUCGAAAUCACAUAUUUUGGUCACUUUUCCAGGACCGCAGAGCUUGAUGACGUUUUUGAUGACGAGGAUAGGCUGCAUGGAGAAGACCAAGGCCGAAAUGCUGGUUUCCAAAUUUAAUGAAACUCUUGUACGGUUUUUGGCUUACCCGAAUUCUUUGAUUGGCCCUGUGAACUAG